CUACAUUUUUACGUAUAAUGUUGUAUUUUACAGUAGUAAAUAUGGAAGUUAUGCCAAGUUAUGCGUAAUUCUUUACUAAAUUUUCAAUAAUCUGUCGUUCUCCUCACAUGGUCCACAAGUCUUGACUGUAUUAUUAACAAGGAAUCAUAAUUGAAUUUUUUAUUCUUGGCCGUAAGUAAAUAGGAAAAUAGCUAUGGAUGUAAAUAGUUUAACAGUUUCAAAUUUUCGAAGCCUAUCUGUAUUUCGAUCUUAUGAUGCAAGGAAAAAACGACGUGUGUUGUAAACACAAAACAAAUAGUUAAUUAUACUGUCGAAAAAUUUGUAAUUUUUAGAAGUGUAAAUGGAGAGUUCAAGUGAAGAAAAACAAAAUGAAUCUGAUGAAUAUGAUGAUAAAAACAGUCAACAAUUUGGUAUCGAAACGUUUGAUAAAAAUAAUUCACAGACCAAUUUAGAGGAGGAAAAUUCAGAAAAUAUAAAACAUUCAUAUAGUGGAACUAUUAAUACAGCUACAAUGAUUGUGGAAGAUAUAAAAGAUGAACCAGAGGUGUCACAAGAUGAUGAUCCUGAGGGAGACGAAGAAAGAUGUUCAGAUGAAGAUGAAAUGCAUUAUAUUGAAAGUAAGGUUGAAGAAUCUUUAUCAUCCACAUCAACUGUUAAUUCUUCUGAUGAAGAUUCAGAAACAAGUUCAAAUGAUAAAACUGAUCCAACAAAUAAAACCGUGGAAGUAUUACAAACCUCUGAGAAAUUGAAGAAUGAUGAACAAAGUAGUACAACAAAAAAUGACGAUACUACUGACGACAGUGAUAUUGAAGAUGAUUUAGUAUCGGCAAUUAAUUAUAAUACUAUCACAUCCUUGACUGCAUUAAAAGAUAUGCUUCAAUCAUCAGGCGAAGAUUCUGAUGGUGUCGAUAGUUUUUUUCAUCAUUAUUUUUUAUCACACGUUAAUCGGCUGCCAUCGAGAAAUCAAACACACAGUCCAUAUCCAUGGGGAAGAAGAUUGUCAGAGUGUCGCGAGGAAGAUGAAUAUGAAACUGAAGAAGGAAAGAAUUUAGAAUGUCCAGAAGAAAAAGAGGUAAAUUUAAAACAAAGUAAAGAGGAAUUAUUGAGUUCUCAAGAGUCACAGGAGUCUACAUCGGAAAAUAUUCCUUCGAAAACUGCGAGUCCUUUAUCUUCAGAAAAUUCUAGUUCAGAAAAAAUUGAUCAAAAAUCAAAUCAAACGACAUCAAGUACAUCAGAACCAAAAACAUUGCCUACUUCUUCGAGAUUUACAACAUCAACAGUAACAUCGCCAACGGCUACAAAACCACCAUUACGUCGAAGACAUACCACUGGUCCUGGAAUGACAUUUCCUGCAACUGAUCCACCAACAUAUUCAAGUAGUAUGACAUUUUUAAAAACAAGUCCAUUACCAAGUCCUCAUCUUGAUAAACGAUUUUUCGAUUCAAGUUUAAUUGAAAUGAAAAGUCAAGCCAGUAGUUCAAGUACUCUUGAUUAUGAUUCAACGGAAGAAGUUUGGGUGCGGAGAAUUGAUUUAGGCCAAGAUAAAAGACGAAAAGAGCUUGGUUCUCAGCCUUUGCCUACAAUUGUAACUGAGGAUACCGAUAAUACAAAUCAAUUUUCCCAAGAUCAGAAUCAUAGGCCACGAGCAGGAACUUGGAGUUCUCAUUCACGAAACAUAAGGAAACCAGCGUCUGGCAGUGCUCCUAAUUCGGGAAAAUCAACACCAUUACCACAACAAUUAGAAUCGACAUCGAAUUCUCUAAAUUCUAGUAAAGGAUCGAAAAAAUUUAUUGGAACUCGAUCGGGAUCAACUAGUCGCAGCAAUAGUGCAGAACGUAGAAGAAGUGGAAGUGACGAAACUGCUAGUCCAACGCGGAAAUCUGCACUUUUUGAUGCUUUCCGACCAAGAAGUAAAUCAGAUGCUAGUAAAACAAGAAAACCCAGUAUUAUAGCUAAUAUGAAAAAUGUUAUGCAGCAUUCACUAUAUAGAAGUGCACUUGGAAGUUCUUCUGUGGAUAUCAAUACUGAAAAGGAUCAUAAGGAUCACAAGGAAAAUAAAGAUCACAAUUCAAGACCUCGAGCUGGAUCUGAAAGUAGCAGAAAUCCUGUUAGUAAAGUCAUGGACCUAAUUAGGCAUCGUAGUCAUAGUGCUCUUAGUGCAGAAGAUAAAAGGAAAGCAAGAACAGCAGCUCAACAUCAGUCACAUCUAGCGGCACAUAGUGCCCUAAGGAGAAGCUCAUUGGAUCCAGGUACAAGGAGAUUAUCUCUUGGAACUCCCGUGGCUCCUCACAGGGCUGCUGAUGCUUGCCUAGAUCCAGUUCAUGCUGCCAUACUCUUUAGAGACGCUCGUGGAUUACCAGUGGUUGAUCCUUUUCUGGAAAAAGUCAAUAUUUCUGAUCUUGAAGAAGAUGAAACGCAAAUUUUUGUAAAGUUCUUCAAGUUUCAUAAAUGUUAUGAUCUUAUUCCAACUAGUGCAAAGCUCGUUGUUUUCGACACACAUCUGCUCGUUAAAAAAGCUUUUUUCGCUCUUGUUUAUAAUGGUGUUAGAGCAGCGCCUUUGUGGGACAGUUCUCGUCAACAAUUUGUAGGAAUGUUAACAAUAACGGACUUUAUAAAAAUUCUUCAAAUGUAUUAUACAAGUCCAUCAGUAACAAUGGACGAAUUAGAAGAGCAUGAACUUGAUACAUGGCGAAAAGUAUUAAAAGAUCAAGUACAUCCAUUAGUUAGUAUAGGUCCUGAUGCUUCACUUUAUGAUGCUAUUAAAACAUUAAUACAAAACAGAAUUCACCGUUUGCCUGUGAUAGAUCCUGAUACUGGAAAUGUUUUGUACAUUUUAACUCAUAAGAGAAUUUUAAGAUUUCUUUUUCUUUAUAUUAAUGAAUUACCUAAACCAUGUUUUGUUAAUAAAACAUUAAAAGAAUUGAGGAUUGGUACAUUUGACAAUAUUGAAACAGCAACUGAAGAAACUAGUAUAAUUUUGGCAUUGAAAAAAUUUGUUGAAAGGCGAGUUUCUGCUUUACCAAUAAUAGACAAUGAAGGAAAAUUGGUUAAUAUUUAUUCGAAAUUUGAUGUAAUUAAUUUAGCAGCAGAGAAGACGUAUAAUAAUUUAGAUGUUUCACUUCGCGAAGCAAAUGAACAUAGGAAUGAAUGGUUUGAAGGUGUUCAGAGCUGUAAAUUAGACGAAACUUUAUUCACCGUUAUGGAAAAGAUUGUGAGAGCAGAAGUUCAUAGAUUGGUUGUAGUCGACGACGAUGAUAAGGUGAUUGGCAUAAUAUCUUUAUCGGAUUUGCUUUUUCAUCUUGUUCUCAGACCUUGCGGAGAAGAAAAUGGCAGUAGUAAAGGUAGUAAUAUAUCCUUGCGUGCACAAGAUUCAGUAACAUCAAAAGGCCCUAGCUCUGAAUCAUCUCUUGGUGAUAUUGAAGUAGAAGCAGAUCAUGAGGUAAUAAAUAUAAAUAAAGUACAAAAAACAUUAGUACCGUCUAGUUCUCCAACUACAUCUGAUAAUCUUGUUAGUCAAACUCAAGAAUCAUCAUGGCGUGAAGUUACUGUUUCAGGAGGUGAAUAAGCCAAAUGUGACUUUAAUAUAAGAAGCUUUAUGCGUGCUUAUUCCUUUCCCAAAAAAUCCAAUGUAUGCAAUAAUUUUUUUUUUUCGAGAAUUUUGUCACUUUAUAUAUUCUCAAAUUUUAAAGCUUUAGAUAAAAUCAUCAAUUGUUUUUAGUUAGAAUGAAAAUGAAUAUAAUUGCGCGAAAAAAUUUAGUAAAUCUAUUUAUAUUUAGAAAACACACACUCAAAUUAGAGUGAUUACCAAAUAUUUUCUUUUAAUAUAUCAAUUUAUUGCAUUAUAAAUCAAUUUUUGUGCAAAUAUUAUAUUUUCUAAAUACAAUACAACUUAGACUAAUUUAAUCAAUUUACAUUUUGAAUAUUAGAAAAUUAAAUAGCAUAAUAUUUUCAUUCUACACUUGUAAAUUUAUAUAUUGGACGAAUUUGUCGAGAUUUAUAAAUAUAUUUCAUUAAAGCAAAAAAAAAAAAAAAGAAUACACGCAAAAUUGUUAAUGAUUUUUUAAAAUUAUUUUUAAUGUAUAUUGAAAUUUUUAUCUAUACUGAAAAUCCUAUUUAACGGCAUUAAAAUUUAUAUGUAAAAAUAUUUUUUAUACUUUGAUUAUAAUAGUAGGUUUUUUAUGCUGCAAAUGCGUAAAAUCAAUUAGAUUUUACGCAUGUGUCAUAAAAAAAUUUUUUUUUACAAUCUAAAAUUGAAAGAUCAAGAAAGAAUGAGAAAAUUUAAAUUUAAAUUCCUAUUUUUUUUCUCAUUAUCAUAGCUAUCAAAGUAGUGCGAAAUGUAAAUUAAAUUAUAGGCAUUUUGACGUUAUAAUAUUGUACACUGCGUUAGCAUAAAACCAUUUUAGUCUUUGAGAGUUCAAUAAACUCACUAGCUAUUCACAAAAAGCAUCUGUAAUUAUAAUGUACAUAAAUAGAAGUUCAAAUAAAUAUAAAAUAAAUAUUGUCA